AAACACUCCUGAGUUAUCAUAUAGUUCCGCCAAGACGGUAUGGACACGGGAACUGACAGAUUCAUUCUGGAUUAUUAGAUUAAGGUUAAAAUAAGCAUACGAUGGGAAGAUGUCAUCUAUUUCUACAUACUUUCACUAUCAGUUUGCUGUGUCUUUCCGUCCAAAUUAUCUCCUGCUUAGCGGAUACAUGCCAAGAUGCCGAACAAGAAGCAAUACACAAGUUUUAUAAAGGAGAAAUUUCCGAGCCGUACAGUUGUGUAGAUAAACAUGGUAUUUCACAUGGAGAGAAAUGUAAUAAGAAAUGCAAUGCAAUCAUGACUUAUGUUGGAAUAUAUGGAUGUGAUCCAGCAUUUUUAGAUUUACAAUGUCCAUUAAGAAAACAGAGAAAACGACGCUCGUCACAUUCAUUAGAAUCUGAAUGUAACACGCAGACGACUUUUUGCUCGCCCGAAUACGAAUACCGCACCAUAGACGGCUCAUGUAAUAAUAUGCUCAACCCUUUAUGGGGCAAGUCACAUAGGGCUCAAAGAAGGGACUUGCCAAAUGCUUACGAUGACGCAAAGGGUAGCCCACGGACAAUAGGCUGCAGCGGCAAACUGCCGAGUCCACGCCAUAUAAGUAAUAUUAUACACAGAGCAGACGACAAUAUGGUGUUUGAUGAACGGUUAAGUUACAUGAUGAUGCAAUUUGGACAGUUUCUCGCUCAUGACGUUGUUCUAACUGAACUUAUUAAAAGACCUGAUGGAGAGAACCUUCAAUGCUGUAUGGACGAUAGAGAAAACCCUGAAUGUUUCCCUAUAAAUAUUCCAUUAGAUGACCCCUAUUUUGUACCUGGUGGAUGCAUGAGCUUUGGAAGAUCUUUGGCUAGAAGAGAUUGUGAUGAUGUACGUCAACAAACAAACUCCCAGACUUCCUAUAUUGAUCUGUCUAUGAUAUACUCAGAAACUAAAGAGAAAUCCGACAGUCUUAGACUAUUUGAAGGAGGUAAAUUGAAGAGCGUAGGUAAUUCUAAGCUAGCGGUUGAUCCGAAAGACGAACUUUGUGAACUUAGACAACCACAAGAUAUUCCACACAAUUAUUGUACACGAUCUGGGGACGAACGAGUGAACGAACAACCCGGCCUUUCAUCCAUACAUACAAUUCUAAUGCGCGAACAUAACCGCCUGGCAGAGGGAUUAUCUGCCGUUAAUCCUCACUGGGAAGAUGAACGCUUGUAUCAGGAAGCGAGGAAGAUAAACAUUGCCCAGUGGCAGAAUAUAGUAUACUCCGAAUAUCUACCAUUAAUACUCGGGCCUCUUGUUAUGAGAGAAUAUAACUUGGAUAUUGCGCAUUAUGGAUAUAAAGACACUUACAGUCCUCUAGUUGAUGCUACUAUUUCUAACAGUUUCGCGGUUGCUGGUCUUCGUUUUGGUCAUACCCUCAUACAUAGAGAGGUUUCCAUGAUGGCUAAUGACGGGCAGGAGUUUGAUUCACGAAGACGUUUACAUAACUUAUUUUUCGACCCAGAGCUUUACCAUACUAAUGACGGCUAUGGAUUAGAGCAAGUUCUGCUAUGGACAAGUUCAACCCAGUGUCCCUUCAGUGACAGACAUUUAGAACCAGCCGUUCAGACAUUGCUCUUCCAAGAUCACAACAACGACUCCAUGGAUUUAGCCUCGCUAAACGUGCAAAGAGGUAGAGAUCAUGGCAUACCGGGAUACAAUGCAUUCAGGAAACAAUGUGGUCUUUCAGACGUGACUCAUUUUGGUACAGAUUAUGGAGGACUUGUUGACCACGAUCCACAUAUUGCUGAUCUCCUUAGCCAAGUUUACUCAUGUCCAGAGGAUAUUGACUUAUUCACAGGGCAUUUAAGUGAGCGUCGUGCAGCUGGGAGCAUUUUGGGUCCCACGGGUCAGUGUAUUCUUGCAAAACAAUUUAAGCGACUUCGGGAUGGGGAUAGGUUCUUCUUCGAGAGAAGGGACAGCCAUCAGCCAUGGAUCGGUUUUACAACAGCUGAGCUUAUGGAAAUAAAGAGAGUGAAGAUGUCAACACUUUUAUGUUUGAACACUUCAUUUGAAAGCAUUCAGGAAAACGUGUUCCUACAGCGUGAUGUUCAUACACGAUUUACAAAAAACAAUGUGAGGAGCUGCAGUACCCAAUUUGGUAUCAAUUUUAAUCUCUGGCGAGAUCGAUUUUAUUGAUGUAGAUAUUAAUUUUGUUCAAGUUAGAUAAUAAUAAAAUCCAGGUGAUGCCAG